UGCGUCAGUUAAAUGAGUUAAAUGAGUUAUCGCAGGAGUAAUUGCAUUCUGACAUCAGUGAUGUCAAUUACUAAUCAUGAUUAGACUGAUAGGACCUGGGUUCGUUCCCCUGCAUCUCCACACGCUUUGAUGUGGCGACGCGGUUAAGAUGCUUGCACAUGCACAAGGACCAUGCACAUGGUCCAGGGUUCGAUCCUCGGCCGACGCCGCACUCCUUUACCUCGCUAAGCCAGAAAUAAUGCUGGUGAAGAGAAAAGGUUGUGCAUGACGCUAGCGACCACAUCCCGUAAAACUAAACACUGCUACAAAAACUUCAAGCCGCUAGAUUGGGGCCCUAUGUUCCACUGGAAACGUCAAGGAAAUAAAAAAAUAGACUGACAGAAUAAAACUAUUCAGAAAGUGGUGUGAACAUGGGCAGUAAUUUUGCUCGAAAUAUUACUAAUAACAAAACUUAUCAUUGUAUGUAAACUAUUGAAACAUAAUUAUACUUUAUUUGAUUUACUCCACAAUGUUCAAAUUUUCACUGAUAAAAAUGAAUAGACUGCUUUCGCGUACACCUUGUAGAUAGCUAAGAUUAACAUCACAGUGAAAAACACAACAUUGAUUGAGGCAGAAAUUCUUGUUUGUCCAAUGACUGUUUAUCUUAAACGUAGUUUAGAGCGGAGCAAGUGGCCUAAUUCUGCUUUCUCAUUUACAUUGAUAAUGAUGAGACAUAAUGUAGAUUCGUUGCUCAACUCGUCCCUCUGUGUAGUACGUGAUAGGAUUUAUCUUCAUUCUCGAGAACACUGAACCAGUUUGAGAUGGAUCACAAGAAGUACACAAAACAAGGAGAUAUUUAAUACAGUUAAGCAAACAAUAUUGUUUGUUUCCAAUUAGAUCUCAUCAGGCUUAACUCUAAUAUACAUAAGUUUACAAAUAAAAUUCAAAUAUAAACCAAUCAUGGUGUUUUGUCUAUAGGAUAAUACGAUGGUGAAUAUAAAAUUGUGCAGUUAGUCAUAAUAGUGGUAAUGAUAAUAUCAUUAAUAGUAAUAAUAAUAAUAGUGGUCUUGUCAAUAAUAAGGAUGAAAAAAUGAGGCAAUCUGUGAUAACAUGAAUAAUGAAAAACAGUAUGAUUAAACAAACAAUUGUUCAGGUGGAAGUAGUCGAUAAAGGCUAGUAAAAACAAAUGAACCGAUUACGUAAUGUUCGAUUGUAGGGGAAGGAAAUGAAACACGUUUAUAAUGAAUAAAAGAUAAGAUUAAGGGAUGAUAAGAAAGGGGUUGGAAAUAUAAAUAAAGGGUGGUGUAGAAGUCUUUCGUUGGUUAUGUCUUACUCACUAACGUACCGCUUUUGGAAACAGUGGAUUAUAUUUGUCAAGAAAUCACUGAUAGGCAAUUAGACUUAGGAAUUCCCUUGUGUAGCCUCAAAGAAUUACUUCUUAAAUGCACAAUGAAUGUUCACUUCGUCUUCAAUAAUUCAUACUAUCGACAAGUAGAUGGAAUAGCUAUGGGUUCACCAUUAGGCCCAAUAUUAGCUGACUUCUUUCUCGCAAAACUUGAAAACGGAAAAUUGAAGGAUACCAUCAAGGAGUUGGAUAUGUAUUACCGAUAUGUCGAUGAUACAUUUAUCUUAGCUGAUGAGAAGUUUAACAUAGACGAGUUGCUACUUAAAUUCAACAACAUCCACCCUUCGCUUACCUUUACUUGUGAAGAGGAGCAGGAGAAUAAACUACAUUUCCUGGAUGUUUUGCUAAGUAGGAGAGAAGAUGGGUCACUUGGGAGAAGAGUGUACGGAAAAAGCACAUUCACAGGGCAAUACACACACUUCCGUAGUUACGUGCCCAUUAAAUAUAAAAGGAAUCUUGUAAAAUGUCUCGCGAGCAGAGCAAGGAAGAUAUGUACGGAGGACCUCUUACAAAAGGAGUUUGAAUAUAUUCACGAUUCCUUGACGGAGAUGGGUUAUCCGAGUAGUUUCAUAAAGAAACAUAUGAAACCAUCAGAGAAGAAACCUGUGACUCUGACUGCACAUAAGAAACCUCUAUUUAUUAAGUUACAAUUUAAUGGGAACUUAUCUAGUGAGAUUCUAUUCCAAAGACUUUCAAGGAACAUACGUAGAACAUUUUACGCAGCAUACCUAUGCUUGUCAUUCUCUAGCCGACGAAUGAUUGGGACGCAAACGAAGGAUAAGCUUGAUAGUUUUGCCACAUCUAUGUGUAUUUGUCAAUUCAACUGCACCUGUGGUGACAGUUAUAUUGGGCGUACUACUAGACAGCUUAGCCAACGUGUUAGUGAACAUCUCCCAUCGUGGUUUGGCAAAGGACAGACAAAAACAAUCCGUAGCUCAAUUCUGUCACAUCUAAUUGAUAGUGGUCAUGUAGUCGAUAAAACGAAAGCCUUCAAAGUAAUUCAUCGUAUCCCUCCGAAUCUUUCUAAUAGACUUCGUAUUCGUCUACUGCACACAGCUGAGGCGAUAGGCAUUCGAUCUAUUAAACCUAAGCUAUGCAUUCAAAAGAAGUUCGUGCAGACAUUAUCCCUUCCAUGGCCCAAUAAGACAUAACCAACGAAAGACUUCUACACCACCCUUUAUUUAUAUUUCCAACCCCUUUCUUAUCAUCCCUUAAUCUUAUCUUUUAUUCAUUAUAAACGUGUUUCAUUUCCUUCCCCUACAAUCGAACAUUACGUAAU